AUGGAAAAACAUCGCGUUCUAAGAAAGGUUCAACAAGCUGUUGGUAGCUAUGAUCAAAGGAAUGCAAAUGAUAUACUCAAGCAGAUUAGGCAGCACUCUUCAUUGUGCGGUGAUGGGCUCCAGCUUUUAGCUCAUUACUUUGCUGAUGGCCUGGAGGCGCGGUUAUCUGCUGGGACACCGAUGUAUAAACAACUGCAGUCAUCGUCUUCUGCAGAUACGCUAAAAGCUUACAAAGUUUACAUUACAGCAUCUCCAUUUCAACGGAUGUCGAAUUUCUUGUCAAACAGAACUAUUCUCGGUCUGGCACAAAACAAAAGCAGCCUCCAUAUUAUUGACUUUGGUGUUUUCUAUGGCUUCCAGUGGCCUUGCCUCAUUCAGCGCCUUUCAGAGAGACCAGAUGGGCCACCGAGGCUUCGUAUUACAGGAAUUGAUCUUCCUCAUCCAGGAUUUAGGCCUGCUGAAAGAGUUGAGGAGACGGGUCGGAGACUUGAGAAGUACUCCAAGAGGUUUGGAGUUCCAUUUGAGUAUAAUUGCCUUGCACAGAAAUGGGACACUAUAAGACCAGAGGAUAUCAAGAUUAAUAGAGAAGAAGUAACAGUGGUUAACUGUUUAUACAGAGUGAAGAACCUUUCCGAUGAAACAGUGACGGCAAAUUGUCCGGGAGACGCUGUGUUGAGGUUGAUAAGGAGGAUUAAUCCAAACAUCUUCAUACACGGAGUGGUGAAUGGAACAUAUAAUGCACCAUUUUUUCUUACUAGGUUCAGGGAAGCACUGUUUCAUUUAAGAGAGAAACAUCUUGGCAGUUAA